CAAAUCAAUACCACCACAAAAUGGCGACGGAACAAAACUUCAAAAUUUCUGUUGAAACGGGUUCAGAGGAGAUUUUAAACACGUCUUGUACUCCAUGCUCGGAGUCUGGAAGGACAAAAGAAGCGGAUAAAUUCUGUGUUGAAUGUGGAUCGCAUUUUUGUGCUCAGUGUCUGCUAGAACAUAAUAAAUUUCCGGCGUUAAGAUCUCACCAGGUUUUGGAUAAGACCGGACAGAGCGGACGGACUAAAAACGAAACAACUGGAAUGAAUAUGCCGACGGAGAGAUGUUCAGUCCACAACGGAAAGUUGAUUGAUAUGUUUUGUAAAGAUCACGACAAAGUGUGUUGCUCUGCUUGCGUCGCAAUUAAACACAGGGCGUGUGAACAUGUUGAAUCUCUGCCAGACAUAGCUAAAGGCAUACAGGACAGUAAGGUGUAUACAGAUACCAAAACUUCGCUGCAGAAUGUACUAACAAGAAUGGAAAAGGAAAGAGACACAAGGAAAGAUAAACUUAGAAACGUUGAUCAGCAAAAGGAUAAAUUGUUAGAAGACAUAGAUGCCCUCGAAACAGAGCUCAUUCGAAAGAUCCAUGAGCUUUCUAAAACUUCAAAGGAGCAAAUUUGUUCGCAGCACCAAAGAUGCAAGAACAAAAUUGAAUGCAAUUUAAAUGUGCUGGAAAAUGUCAUUUCAACAGCGACAGCCAGUGUGCAAAACUUGUUAGACAAAAACGAAUGCCAGUUGUUUAUGAAUGUUAAAACAAGUAAAGAGUUAAUAAAAGAUUGUGAAGCACUUCUGAACGAUCUGUCUGCUGGAAAGACAACUGAAGAGUACAAGUUUGUGUUGAAUCACGAGAUUAAAAGGAACCUUACUUCUUUUGGUUUCGUACAGUCGUCUGAUGAGGUAGCUCAAGUUGUGAAGAAAUACGAUGCAUCAUUAUAUGGAAGAUUCCUUAUUAACCCAAAAUAUUGCGAAAUAACUGGAUUAUGUGUGAUGGAUGACGGGACACUGGUGAUUGCAGAUAAUACAAAUUCACAAUUGAAGAAACUAAACGAAACCUUCGCAGUCGAGGUUGGUAUUGAUGUUCGGGGAAAACCGUAUUCGACAUGCAAAGUAGGGCCAAACGAAGUUGCUACAGUUCUAUACAGUCAAUGGAACCCCAACUACAAAGUACUUUUUGUAGAUGUUGGGGUAAAAAUGAAACCCGGAACCACAUUUGUUAUUAAUGGACAAGCAGCAUCGGUUUCCUACGAUGCAAAGCAAGAUGCUUUAUUUGUUUGUAACCUAAAUCAAGUUUCUGUUUAUACGAAAUCGGGAGUGUUGUUGAGAGCAUACGACUGGAACGAAUAUGGCGAUAGCAUUGUUUGCGUCCGCAACACAAUUAUCAUUCAAUGCAUCCAAUGAUGUGAUGUUUGUCACCGAGAAGUGGGACAAAAAACUGAAAGCAUUGAACAAACACGGCCAAGCGGUUUGGACAUUUACAGACCCAUUUUUGAAGGAACUAAGGGACGUUUGCGUUCUUCCUGGUGACAUCAUAUUAGUUAGUGAUUACGGGUCGAAUAACAUCUUACAAAUUGACAGCAGUGGAAAGAAAAUUGGUCUCUUUCUAGAGAUACCACGUCCUCUGGCCCUAGCGUUUGACAAAGAAAAUUAUAGACUUAUAGUAGGAAACUGCUCAAAUGAAAUACAGGUGUACUCGUUAUCUAAAAAAUAGAAACAUGUAGAAAAUAGCAAAAUAUAUCAGCACACCUAUUUUUGCUUUGGACAUUUAGUGACCCAUGUCACUAGGAACAAAAAGACGUUUGCGUCCUUUCUGGUGACAUCAUAUUAGUUUGCGAUUUUAGUUCAAAUAACGGCUAACAAAUUAUAAACGAUACUUUAUAAAGUUUUAAAGGCUUUGGCACUUAUCAUUCCUCCUCGUUAUAUACAGGGAGAUCAGGGAGACCAUUGUAUUUGAUACCGUUUCUUUUGUCUGUAUUGCCUACAAAUGUUUAUUUUUUAAUUUUACAUGUGAAGGGUUAUUGCAUACGGUCUAAGUUUUAUUCUAUAUGUAAUAUGUUUAUAGUUAUCCUUUGGUAAUGUAGAUAUUCAACAGACUGAUUUUUCAAAAAGUGAUAUUUUACAGGGAAAACAUAAUGGCAUGCAGAACAAAUACAAAUUGUACAGGUAAUAUUUUGCUGAAUAUUACGUCUGUUAGGCUUUGGGACCACAAACAAUUUUUUAAUGUCCCGUAAAGUGCUUCUUGAUUUGCUAGUGUUAGUCCUCACUGUCAGAACAAAACAGGGCCAAUACACCGAUGGAACAUUUUGUUGUCUUUUUCUUUAAACUAACAUUUGUGGAUGUUGACAAACAAAUCAUUUAAAUUUGAGAACAUUAAAGUGUUGAUCAUUCUUCUGUCCAGAGAAAGUAAGGAAUUUAUUAAACGUAUGGAAAAAAAAAUGACAGAGAAGAAUUUUUUUUUUUCAUUAAAAGUUCCUGAAAACGUACUUGGUAGAUAACUGGGUUGAUUUGUGUACUUCAUAUUUGUAUGAAGGUUCCUGUGAAGUUUUGGAUAAUUUUAGAAUUUUAUAUGAUCCCUGAAAACUAGGAGAAACAUGCAAUUUUCAUGUCAUUUUAUAAACACUUAUAAAUGUUUUGUUUUUAAUAAAGUUCCUGAAAGCUUAAGUCAUCUUUUACUUGAAACAUAUGAUACAAUCAUAUUGUUGCAUGUUUACCAUGUAAAAACAUAAGGUAGGGUGAGACUACCCACUGACCCGCGGAGGUUACUCAGUAACUGUAUCAAGGACACCAGUUUUAGAUUAUAUACGGAUCUGAGUUUUCGCGAUAUUUAGUAAUUCAUAGUUGAUCUUUGACGGAAAGUAUAUAACAUAUUUCUGAUGAAAUUAAUCAGACGGCACCCAUUCCGAUAAAUCAGCUGCAUCUCGUGUCAUUAUGAAAAAUAACAUGUAAAAUGAUUGCAAAUAUCAUAUAUAUAACUUAUAAUGGAACUUCAUUCAAUACAUUUUAGUUUUAGUUAUAUUUUUUGUUUGUUUCUAAUUAAAUUACCAACUAAUUUCAAAUGCCUUCUCAUUUAGAAAGACCCUCGUGUCCCUCAAGGCAUCGUUAUAAUUAUAGGCGACCACCCGGAUAAAACCACCAACCCCCUUGCGCAAAUCGACAGUAUUUAGUCCUUACAAAAAAUAAUUCAA